AUGCAACUUGAUUGGGCGACUCGUUUCAACAUCAUUCAGGGAAUUGGUCGUGGACUUGUUUAUCUCCAUCGGGAUUCUAGUUUAAGGAUCAUACACAGGGAUUUGAAAUGUAGCAAUAUUCUACUUGAUGACAAAAUGAAUCCCAAGAUAUCAGACUUUGGAUUGGCACGUACUUUUCAAAUGACACAAGAGCUAGCAAAUACUCGUAGGAUUGUUGGAACAUAUGGCUAUAUGUCUCCUGAAUACGCGAUGAGAGGAGUAUUUUCAGAGAAAUCGGACGUAUUUAGUUAUGGAGUAAUGCUAUUGGAGAUUAUAAGUGGUAAAAGGAAUACUGAAUUCAUACAUCACGAACAAAUCUAUCCACUCGCACGCGCAUGGAAGUCAUGGAAUGAAGGGCUAGGAGUAGAAUUGAUAGAUGAGACAUUAGGAGAGUCAAGUUGUGUGUCACAGGGUUUGAGAAGCAUACACGUGGGACUUCUUUGUGUUCAGGAUAUUGCUGAGGAUAGGCCAACAAUGUCAGAAGCAGAGUCUAUGUUAUGCAGUGAAACUCAUCUCCCAGAGCCAAAAAUGCCAUUAUUUACUUUACAAAGGUUGUCUAGUAUCAAUGACAUUGGUGAGGAAUUCAAAAACAUGUGUUCUAGAAAUACAGUCAGUAUAUCCAUGAUGGAAGGGCGAUAG